AUGGUGUUUGUAAGCUCGGCCGUGCUCGGUGCAGCCGCCGGUACCGGCCUAGCCCUACUGGUAGCCGUCACGAUCGUCAUGUACCGGUACUACGUCGUACGCCGGAAGGGUAAGGAAUGGGCUGAGCUGGACCGGCUGGAAGAGAAAAAAGCAGCCCGGAAGAUCAAUCUGCAGGACUGCAACGUGUCUAGCGGCUCGGUACCGGUACAGCCAGCCAGCAGCGUCGUUCAUCAUUCGAUUAGCUCGGAAACGCUUGGCACUGGUCCGGUGGAGGUAACGCCCAGCCCGCUGCAGCCACCGCAUUCCACCGUGGGUUCAACGAAAAAAUCGUACGGUACGGGUGACACACGCGGAGGUCCCGGCUAUCGACCGUCCCAUGCUGCGGCCUCGUCUGCCUCACGCAACAACAGCUUGGAGAGCGUCCAUUCGAGAAGUUCGAGCUACCGGGAGAAUGUGCCGAAAUUUAUGACACACGCGAACAGUGACACUCGCUCAACUACUUCGGAUAAUCUAAUCCUGAGGAAAUCUCGUUCACCAAGUCCGAUGCGCACAUUCAGCCUGGAGGGACGCUUUCCCAUCGGGGCCGGAAGUAAUUCCGGUGCCGUAGGACCAGCCGACGGUACGGAACGGGGCAGCAAGGCGAGUCUGGCGUCGGUCGUCAGCAGUGGCGGUCCGCGAGAGUUCAGCUCACCCAAGAAACGGAACAGCACAUUCUCGGGCGUGGUAUCGCUGGCGGGUGACGCGAAUGCCCCAGACAGCCCUAUCGGUUCCAUCCGUUCUGAUAGCAGCCGUUCGCCCCGUCGCCGUGUUCCGGUGAUUUUGGCAGCGAAUGACAUCCACUCGGUGCUGGGGCGCUUUCAUCUACGGCUGAAGUACGACGGUGGCAAGGAAGAACUGUUGGUGCAUUUGGUUGAGGCACAAGAUCUAACGCCUGCUGGCGAUGCCGGAUUUCGCGAUCCGUACGUAAAGAUGUUCCUCGAGCCGGACGAUGAGCAGCGAACGCAGCAGACGGCGGUACAUCGGACCGAAACGCAUCCGUACUUUGAUCAGCAACUCUCGUUCCCACUGAAACCUCGCAACCUAGUCAAGAGCAACUUUGUGCUGCAGCUGUUGGAUUACGAUCGGUUUUCGCACGACGAAGUAAUCGGGGAGAUUCGCUUCCUGCUGAACACACUGGACCUGUCCGGUUGCGAGCUGUGGGGUGAUUUGAUCGCCGUCCGUAAACCCUCCGAUUCGACAGCCGAGCUACUAAUCUCACUGAGCUAUCUUCCCCAAGCCGAGCGGCUUACGGUGGUUGUGAUGAAGGCAAAGAAUCUAUCCAUCUCUCACGAACCGUUCGUUAAGCUCUAUCUGCUGGUCAAUGAUAAGCGUACGAAAAAGCGCAAAACCAGUGCAAUUCGGGCACUGGACCCAACCAACCCGAUCUGGAACGAAGCGUUCACGUUCGAGUUACCGUCGUCGCAGCUGCAGGAUGCUGGUGUCGAGCUGUUUGUAACGUCAAACGAAGGCGAAGGACAGGAUCUGGGUUGCGGGGUGGGUUUGCGCGAAGGUGGCAGCGGCACGCAACACUGGCAGGAUCUGAUGCAGAACAAUCGUAAACCCAUCGCCAUGUGGCACGUUCUCCGAUAAGAUGCCGGUGGUAAACGAUGUGUCGCACCAUCGUAUAAAACGGAGUCACUGGAAGGUAUAAAAGAAACGAUCCAUCUGGGAAUUGCCAAAAAAUGAAAGCGAUGUCGAGGCGUGAAGGAACAAAACCAAAAUAGACGGAAAACAAAGAUGUGACGCACACAUACAUGACAAGAAUAUAAAACAAACCUCCAUCCCAUAAAACCAAAGAGGUAACUAACCGGCCAAGGACAAGACCCAGUUGACAAAGCGAUUUUGGUAGCAGCGUUUUGUGAAGAUAGUUUUGCACUACAGAUACCAUACUGUUCUUGGGUAAAUUCAAGCAACAUAAAUAGUGGUUCGCCGAAAAGUAUGCAAUCUGCGCUACGAAACUGUCUUAUUAAGAUUAUUCAAGCUACUAGGGCCGUUAUCAACAAGGGCAAACGAAACCAUUAUGUCGCAAAGAAGAAGUAUGUCCUUAAAUAAAACAGACUCCUCUUUACCUCUAUUCUUUCCUUGUUUCGAGUAUGGAUAAGUUAAAUUCAAAUGCUAGCAGAAGUUUAAAUAUUGAUUAUAAUCUGAAUCUUUCCAGCCAAAGAUGGCAGAUUUUCAAACACAAGACAAAUAUCAGCCUAAUCUUACACUCUUUUCAAUAUUUCCUACUUGUAAUUGUAAGAAAACGAAAGUUGAGAACAGAUGAGUUUCGUUAUGUUUAAAUCCGUUAUCAUAUAUCAAAGCAAAGGUUUCAAGUAUCAAUGCACAGCAGGAUAAUUGUUGACAUGUUAGUGUUUGCUACGAGAGGUAUAAAUUGUUGUUCUUUAUUUUUAUUCCACUUCCUAAACUGUACCACGAGACGACGAAAACGUUGAAUUAAACCACAUGAAAAGAAAACACCGUUGUAAAUUGUAGACUGAUGAAAAGUAUAACUUUAUUGUAUUGUAAUGGAACGAAGGCAUAGAUAAAGCAGAGAAACAUAUUUUAUUCAGCUCAAGUGUAAUAUUACAAACCAUAUAACUAGAGUGAACAACAAGAUACCAAAACAAAAAAAAUAAAAAAAAAGAAAUUAAUAAAUAAAUAUACUCUCAAGCUCACGAUGUUGAGGGAAAAUAAGAAAAAAAAAUAUCGCUUUGCCUACGGUGCGGUACAAACACAAGACCUAUCUAACGAAAAUGGAGCUUAAAAGGGGCAGUAAAACAAAAGCUUACAACUAACUACGGAAAUAAGUAUUGUGACAUCAUAUGAGCAUAUAUUUAUGUACAAUAUUUUCAACAAAUAUCCAAAAGCGAGGAAACCGAAAAGGAAAAAAAACAUUGUGAAAUGUGAAACAACAAACAAAAUACAAACCCUACCCACAGAACCCAAACGCUUCAAGCACAAGAAUAUAAAUGUUUUAUAUGCCGUACUGAAACGAGUUAGACUUGAAAACAAGACAAAGUAAAAGGAAAACUAAAGUGUAACAGUUUGGCGACUGAUAGAAGCAGCAAACAAAUAUUGCAAACAGGGGGAAACUACACAAACAAACAUGAAAACUAAAUGUGUCCUAAACUCUAUACUACUGUAGUACCGUAAAUUUGUACGUAUUCGUAUGAUUAUACAAACAAAAGUGGCACUAUUUAUAUGCGUAUUGGUAACAUUUACACACAUCUAACGGUAUGAUAUGAUCAUAUAAAACAAACAAUGAAAAAGCAGAACAAAGCUGCCCUUGGUAUCUGUAUUAAAUAUGGAACCGACGGGGGCAUCGGUGUACACCGCCUAGCUAGAGCCUAGAUAUAUAUUUUGUCGAAUCCCAAUCCCUAUCUGUAGAACGCAAACCACCACAUAAAUGCGCAUGCAGUGAAUUAGCUAUAAUUAACCCAAUUAUAAAUGGUACCUUUUGUUGAACAACUGACCGUAGCUUCCAACGGAAAUUCGAAUGAUUAGAACGCAAACCACCUCAACCACAAUGCGCACCGAAACGAAACAUCAAAAAAGGUGGCCCAAUGAACUUUAAAAUGCUCAUAAUGCCCUAGCCCUAGCAGGUCGCGGGUAUGGUGCUGCUGUAAUUAACAAAUCAAUUAGUAAAAACCAUCGACCACACCGGGUUGGUUUCGUCUCGUUCCAUCAUAUCAGUAACAUUUCCUAGCGACCCAAUUUUGAACCUAAAGCCGGAAGGAGCAAAGAAAAAAAAGAAUCCUUAAUAUAAUUAUUAUUCGACGUCUAUUUACUACCUGGUUACUCUUAAUCCAAUACCAAAUGUGAGCAACUCCUUACAGCAUAAUCCCUCGGCACCGUAAAUAUUCCUCUUAAGCCUCGUAGUGUUAAUGCACGGCCUUGAAGUGUGGUUCGUUGCAGCUUGUUCCGGAAAAACUUUAAGCCACCUUACCUUACCCUCACCGUAACGUUACUGGAUACGUUUAAGUUUCCCGUAAAUCCAACUCUCUCUCCCUCAAACACACAAACACUCUUCUUACGAACUACUAAGCACCACCUUCCUUUCAUUGCACCACAAACUAUCGUAACAAACUGUCGUGUCAGAACAACACCGGAGUAGAAAACUUACAAGCCAAGAUUAUUCUAAGCAAAGCAGUAAGCUGUGAGUGAAGAAUAUUGGAUUUUCAAUAAAAAAAAAGUCGA